GGAAAACAAGUUGACUAAAGCUGCAGUCAAGAGCGCAUGCGUAGUGGGAAAAGCGGCACAAACAGAAAGCAGGAUGAGAGAAAAGGCAACGAUAUAGUGAGUGUCCACCUCCGGCGCUCAGACGCUGAACUCUGAACGCAGAGAGCGCCACAUGGAGGCGGUGCUGAAGAACUUGGCGAGCACGGCGGAGCUGCUGGCCGUGGCAGCGCACAGCAGUGUAGUGGAGCAGUGGGAUAAACAAACUCUGUCCAGAGCUUUUCACUGGGCACAAUACUGCGAACACCUGUUCUCCAGGUUUCACAAUAACCCCGCGAUUAGGAGGAUUGUGGAGAAGCAGCUGCAGCUCACAAAUCAAAGUUUACUAACUGCCUUCCCCGGAUACACAGAGGUCUCCUUCUCGGACCUCUCCCGGUGUCAGCACCUGUUACUUGUUGGACUGUUGAGCAAUCCUGAGCUUCCCAGCUCCAUCAUGAAGACACUGUUUGACACUAUGAGUCCUGUAAACACCAAGCAGAGUGAAUAUCAGGAUGUUACUGGCUUGUGCAGCCGCUUCAUUCAGUGCAAAUCAGCUUGUAAAAUCCUGAGUCCUCUCACACUGUCAGCUGUUGGUGUUGAUGCUGAGGUACAGGGGGUGAUGCUGAUGGAGAAGCUGGGUGAUCUGCUGAGCCAAGGCAGUGAAGCCUGUCGGACAGAGCACUUUUUAGACUCUGUCCUCCAGGGAUGUGAAGGAGCAGCAGAGCAUUUCUGUCUGGUCAUCGCUGCAGCUCUGCUGACAACAAAAAACUCAGGUGCACAAACUGCAUCGCAGAAUUUUCUCUUGGACUGGCUGAAGAAAAAACCCAGUGUGCUGCUGCACAUGUGUUCUGCACUACCUACUACACUUCUUUUAGACCUGGCUAAAGAACACCUGAAAUUCAGAGAUGCUUACUAUGAUGUGCUGAAAACGUGGGCUUCUGAUAUGGAGCACAGCAUAAGUGACGGUGAAUGGGUUCAAACCUGUUCAGACCGAACAGUGUCCUUCCAGAGACUCACUAAGCACUUCCUGGCCUUGUUUGAGGCCUGUCCCUCUUUGAGCGAGGAUGGAGAAAAAGAGCUUAAUGCUUUGAAAAUGUCUGAUGGAGACUUUGAUGUCAGAGGUCUGAGUGUUUGGGGAGACCUCCUGUCAGCAUUACACAAGUGACUCAGUCAGUCUUGGAGCUUCUUCACAGCUGGAAGAGAUGCCCAAAAUAUAGACAAAUGUAUAUAUUGAUGCCUUGAUACAAUGUUUGACUAUGGCUGGGUAUUAAACAUGAAUACUUUAUUGAUACCAAACAAAAUGUGUCCAUAGCAGAGAUUUUUUUAAGUUGUCAAUGAAGGCUGGCAUCAAGUGCUUGCUCGGAUCUUUACUUAGGUUCAAUCUUACUUUUGCUAAUUUUAGUCUAUUUUAUUUAAGCAAUGUUCUUGUAUGGCUGCUUGGAUUUAGACAAUAUUUAACAUUUAAGAAGUUUGGGUUUUUUUGAUAAAUGAGAAAAAGGGGUGUUUUGGUAUCAGUACAGAAAUGCAGGUAUCGUAUCAUAUAUUAAUAUAACUCAGGUCUUUCAUCGCAAAAUACACAGCGCUCACAACUUGAAUGUUGUCCAGUCGUCCACAGAGGUUUCUUCUACAUUUCAAAUCUGACUGCGCAGACUAAUACAGAAUCAGAAACGCAAUAUAGAUUAUUUUACAGGAUGGAAAAAUAAUAAAGAUGUAAAUUGAUGACAGUAUUUUAAAAAAUGCUCACAUUUGUAAGUUGAACUAGCGUGCGUUCUUUCACAGUAAUAAAAACUUUUUAUUCAC